GGAGGAUGUUCAAGGAGAGAAAGAGGGAAGUGGUCUCGGACCGACGAACCCAGUAGCCGUCAACAGAAUGCGUGUGUGUGGGAGCAGGAUUUCUCUCUGAUGUAUGACGAGCUGCGCUUCUCUUCUCGCAGCGCUGUGUCAGGAUGUCAUCCGAGGAGGGAGGGGAACCACCUACACAGAAGGUCCAAUCAGAUAGCCGUCUGAAGAGCAAGAAACCUGCCAGCCUUGUCAUAGCUAUCCCUACACCUGAGGAGAUCAUGGCUGCCAAACAGCCACUUCGACCGUCCCUGAAAAAAAGUGAUGGGGGUCAAGCAGCCAGUUCUGUGUCAGAGAGCGUCACUGGAGGCGGAGAUGUAGGCUUCGCUGCUGGAGAGAGGAGAGCCAAGUUCAGGAGACAAACAUCCCUGUCGCAAAGCAUCCGGAAAAACACAGCAGAGUGGUUUGGUGUUGGAGACGGCUGCGAGACUAAGCAGCAGGUGUGGCACCGGAAGAGCUUGCGCCACUGCAGUCAGCGCUAUGGCAGACUGAAGGCCCAGUACAGAGAGCCUGACACUGCCACCAGCAGUGAGCCGGGCAUGGACUCACCAGCAGCACACCUGAUGCCCAAGAUUGUGGAUCCCCUGGCACGCGGACGGGCAUUCCGCUGCCAAGAUGAGGUGGACAACCGCUCCCCCAGGACGCCACAAACAGCAAACACCGGUAUGGUCACGCCGGGGUUCACCUCCCUCAGCUCCGUGACCAGCCAGCGCUCGACUCAUGGCCGCUUUCCUCGCCGUAAAAGGGAAUCUGUUGCACGAAUGAGCAUCCGAGCUGCUUCAAACAUCCUGAAGGGUCGUAGCGGCUUGGCGGGCUCCCUCAAUAGUCGUAGUUUUCCCAGAAGAAGCUUUGCCAGGCCCAGCUGGCUGGAGGACGACGUCGUGGAUGGUGGAGAUCCAGCUGAGUCACUCUUCUUCAGUAAGGUCGAUGUCCAUGAUGAGUUGUACUCGAUGGCAGAUGAUGUUUUUGAGACGCCCCCCAUGUCCGCUGCUUUUGCUCUAAGUGACCUGAUGGACCAGAAACCGUCAAACCUCAAGGACAUGUCACGGACACCAAAGACGCCAACGUCAGUGCCUGAGAAAAAGCUUCCUCGCCGUGGCGGUCGUAUUGCCUCCCAAGUGAAACACUUUGCCUUCGAUAAACACAAGCGAUACUACGGAAUGGGCGUCGUGGGAGGUUUUCUCAACCGCCAUUACAGACGCAGCCUGAGCAGCAACGUCCGCAAACAGUUGGAUGACUUCAGCAGCCACAGGCCCUACUUCACCUAUUGGAUUACGUUUGUCCACAUUGUGAUCACGCUGCUCGCCAUCUGCACAUAUGGCAUUGCUCCUCCUGGGUUUUCACAGCAUUCAAAAACUGAGCUGGUGCUAAAGAAUAAAGGCAUUUAUGAGAGUGUCAAGUAUGUGCAGCAGCAGAAUUUCUGGAUCGGCCCAAGUUCAAAAGACCUAAUUCACCUGGGUGCCAAGUUCUCUCCAUGCAUUCGUCAGGACCAACAAAUUGUCAAACUGAUUCAAGACGCCAAAAAUCGAGAGAGAGAGUCGGCCUGCUGCAUUCAGAAUGACAACUCCGGAUGUGUGCAGACGCUCCGCUCCGACUGUUCUGAAACACUUGCCACUUUCAUGAAAUGGGACAACGAGCAUGUGGGCAUCAUCAGGUCCUCUGGUUCUGUCUGUCACCAAGAUCCCAGAUUGUGUGAAGAACCGGCUUCUACAGAACUUCACACAUGGCCAGAUGACAUCACCCAGUGGCCGGUCUGUACUUCUCCUAAGAAGUGGAAACACACUGGCUACAGGCACAUGGACUGUAAAAUUAAGGCACGGCCCUGCUGCAUUGGAACCAAAGGAAGGUGUGAGAUAACAACCAGGGAGUACUGCACCUUCAUGCACGGACACUUCCACGAGGACGCGACCCUCUGCUCUCAGGUGCACUGUCUGGCCGACGUCUGUGGCUUGCUACCGUUUCUCAAUCCUGAAGUUCCUGAUCAGUUCUACCGUCUUUGGCUUUCUCUGUUUCUUCAUGCUGGGCUGCUGCAGUGCGUUGUGUCUGUGGUCUUCCAGAUGACCGUAAUGAGAGACCUGGAGAAGCUGGCGGGGUGGGUGCGCAUCGCCAUCAUCUACCUCCUCAGCGGCAUCACUGGAAACCUGGCCUCCGCCAUCAUCCUGCCCUACAGAGCUGAGGUGGGUCCUGGGGGCUCUCAGUUUGGGCUGCUCGCCUGCCUGUUCGUGGAGCUGUUUCAAGGCUGGCAGAUGCUGGAGAAUCCAUGGAAGGCCUUCCUGAAGCUGCUGGCGAUCCUGGCCUUCCUCUUCAUGUGCGGACUUCUUCCCUGGAUGGACAACAUCGCCCAACUCUUUGGCUUCCUCAGCGGCCUUCUGCUGUCCUUCGCCUUCUUGCCCUACGUGACCUUCGGGACCUUCGACAAGUACCGGAAGCGAGUGCUCAUCGUCGUCUCGCUGGUCAUUUUCAUCGGACUCUUUUCCUCGCUCAUAGUGUGGUUUUAUAUCUACCCGGUGAACUGGUACUGGCUGGAGCACCUCACCUGUUUGCCCUUCACGAGCAAGUUCUGUGAAAACUACGACAUCGACCAUAACAUCAACGACCUGCGUGAUUAGGAGCGGUACUUUCCUGCUGAGCUGCGAACACUGGUACGAGCUUGAGCGAGUCCUGCUGAGACUUCUGUGGUCAGUCUUGAGUUGUUUCACUGUCCGUUCACCUUCACUCAACCACAUUUCAAAGUUACAUCCAGUGUCAGAGGGAACCUGACUCCUGAAGGUGCGACGGAUACCUUCUUUUAUUUGGACCAUCCUCUCACUCACCCCAUCACUUGCAUGACUUGAAGCUGUCGCUCUUUUUGAUUCAGACGUCAAAAAGUAGUAUUGGAAUGUACUCAUGUUUUAGCUGUCCACAUUUUUAUUGGAACUCCACUGGGUGAUCAACAACCACGUGUUGCCUUCUCCUGAUUCAGAACUUGAACAGAUCCCACUCUUCCUCCUCUCCGUCUCUGUGCGUCUCCAAAAAUCUUUGGUCAAACUCAGCUUUUAUUUUGUCAAGUGCCUGAACACUUUUUGUAUAUUUGCUGAAUCAAGAGAAAAUAAUAUAUUUAUUCCUGAUCUAUGUUUCACUUAGCCAAGACAUUUUUUGUAAAAUAAAAGUAAGUCGAGAUUCAGGUUUGUCUUGGACUUUUUACCUCGCCACAGUUCUGCCAUUACGUUACUUCUGGAACUGCACUGAAUCAUAUGUGUCUUCUGAUCAAAGAGUUUCAUAAAAAAAUAAAAUAAAAUAAAUGUAAGUGGUAUUUGGGCCCCGUCUUAGAAUUCUUUUCAUUUUCCUCCAUUCUGUUACUUAGUUUGCCACCUCUCCCUGGGAAGCAGUGUUGGCAGUGUUCAUCCAUUUAUUUCUCAGGACAAGGACCACCUUGUUGCAAAUGGAAUCCAAGGACAAUGGGGCUAAAACUGUCCCUGGAUCUGUGUCAAAGCAACAAUACCUAGAAGAGUCUCGCAUUUUAUAAACCUGUGGUGGCGUAAGAAACAAGCUUUUGGUGGUCAGACAUGUUCUUCCUGGAUGGAAAUCGCACCUUUUCUGCCUGGUUUGACCCAGCUACUACUCAUCUGGCAUUAGGGUAAUAUUGGUAUUACAACUUGAUGCUACUCCUGGUCAGAGUGUCUGUUUCCCCACUGUUGCAUGAGGUCCUUCCUGUCUAUGUGCCCCAUGACUGACUGGUGACCUGUUUUCAGCCUACAACCUCCAUGACGUUACAUCAAAUGUAAG